AUGAGUAAACAAGACACGCUCAAAGUUCAGAAUUGCCUUCUCAAGGUGAAUAUCCACUGCGAUGGCUGUGAACAGAAAGUAAAGAAAAUCCUGCAGAAAAUUGAUGGGGUGUAUUCUGUGAACAUAGACGCGGAGCGGGGGAAGGUAAUGGUGUCAGGGCAUGUAGAUCCAGCUAGACUGAUAAAAAAGCUGAAGAGGUCAGGGAAGCAUGCCGAAGUUUGGGGUGGCCAGAGAGGCAUGAUGUACAACCAAAACUACCCCACCUACCCUCAGUUCAAGAACUUGCACAUAGAUAACACCAAAGGGAAGGACAACAAGUCUCAGAAUCACAAGGGUGGUGCUCCUCAGAAAGGUGGAGGUGGAGGUGGUGGUCAACUAGCACACUUCCAAAAUACUAAAGGAGGGCCUAAAGUACCUCCCAAGAAUCAGAAAUCUGUCAACUUCAACUUAUCAGAGGAUGAACUUGAUGACAGUGAUGAAGAUUUUGAUGAAUUUGAUGAUGACUAUGAUGAGUUUGAAGACGAUAUGGAUGAUUUUGAUGAAGAGGAGGAGGAAGAGUACGGUCAUGGUCAUGGCCAUGGCCAUGGUCAAGGGCAGGGGCAGGGACAGGGGCAUCCGAUGCAACACAACAAGAUGAUGUAUAUGAUGGGCCAGAUGGGGAACGGACGUGGGCCGCAUGGGCCUGGCGGAAUGAUGAAUCAAGGGCCUGCCAUGAACAGCCAUAAAGGGAAUGUGGGUGGGAAUUAUGGGACUGUGAAGAAGGGUGAGGUCAUUGAUCUACCCAUACAAAUGAAGGGCAAAGGUGGAAACUUGAGCGAGGGUAAGAAUGGAAAUGGAGGGAAAAAGGGCAAAGGAGAUGAUGGUCAAAAGAACAAAGGUGGAAAGCAAAAGGGUGGUGGCGGUGGGGGAGAUAACGCUCAUAAUAAUGGUAACAAGAAAAAAAACUCCAAAGCCAAAAAUGGCGGUGGUUUCCUAGUUCGGUUUCUUGGCCUUGGGAAAAAGAACAAGAAGGGUGGAGGUUCAGCCGACACAACAACAAACAAGAAUAGAAACAACAAAAAUGGAAACAACAACAACAACAAAGGAAAGAAAGAUGGAGGAGGAGGAGGUAAAUUGGACAAACUUGACUUUGACUUCCAAGACUUUGAUAUCUCUCCCAAAGGUAAAAAUGGCAAGGGUGGCAAUAAUGGUAAAAACAAUAAUGGCAAGGGCCAUGGUGGCAAUAAUGGUAAUGUGGGUCACAUGGGUCCAAUGAGUCAUCAGAUGGCCCCAACCGGUCAGAGAGGUCCAAUGAAUCAGAUGGGUCCAAUGGACCAUAUGAGGAACAUGAACAUGAACAUCCCGGCGGUGCAAGGGUUACCGGCGGCGGCAGGGAUGAACAGUGGCUACUACCCAGGGAUGCAAAUGCACAUGCAACAACCAAACCCUUACAACAUACAACAGCAGCAACAACAACAAUUGAUGGCCAUGAUGAUGAACCAACAACAGCAGCAGCAACAGCAAGCAAACAUGAGCAUGUAUCCACCACAUAUGAUGUAUGGAAGGCCACACCCUCACCAACACCCGUCUAUGAACUACUUUCCACCGCCACCAAUGCCGUCACACCCCAUGGCAGAUCCUAUCACGCAUGUCUUCAGUGACGAGAACACUGAGAGCUGCAGCAUCAUGUAA